ACAUUAAGUAGUCCAUGAUCUGGCGGAGUCUCUCUUUCAACUCUGGCCACUCUCAGUGUCCCAGGCCGGGGUCUCCCCUCCCAGUCUGUGUUGGACGGGGGCGCUGAGGCGGUGGCCGGGCCCUGUCUGAGGAAGUGGGUGGGGCAUGGACUCAUGCCGACCAAUAAAAGAAAAGGAAGCUACGAUUGGCGGCGAUGAACACUAAUGAGAGAUCGUCUUUACCUUGCGGAGUGCCGCCCCUCUUCUCUCCCUCCUACCGCCUCCUUCCUCUGGGGGGGAAGGCGGGGCCAGAGGCCUGAAGUGUGGGGAGAACUUGGGGCUCCGCUCUGCUAUAUGAAAUAUGGGAGACGACAGACCGUUUGUGUGCAAUGCCCCGGGCUGUGGACAGGGUAGCCUUAUAUGUGACUGAAAAAAGUCAGUGCAACUUAAAGAGAUUUACAAACGAGGACCACCUGGCAGUUCAUAAACACAAGCAUGAGAUGACAUUGAAAUUUGGCCCAGCCCGAACUGACUCAGUCAUCAUUGCAGAUCAAACUCCUACUCCGACUAGAUUCCUGAAGAAUUGUGAGGAGGUUGGGCUCUUCAAUGAAUUAGCUAGCUCCUUUGAACAUGAAUUCAAGAAAGCUGCAGAUGAGGAGGAAAAAAAGGCUGCUGCUGGGCCCCUGGAUAUGUCUUUGCCUUCCACACCAGACAUCAAAAUCAAAGAAGAAGAGCCAGUGGAGGUAGACUCAUCCCCACCUGAUAGCCCUGCCUCUAGUCCCUGUUCCCCACCACUCAAAGAAAAGGAGGUGGCCCCAAAACCUGUCGUGAUCUCUACCCCAACACCUACCAUCGUGCGUCCUGGCUCCUUGCCUCUCCACUUGAGCUAUGAUCCACUUCACCCAACCCUUCCCUCCCCAACUUCCGUCAUCACACAGGCUCCACCAUCCAACAGGCAACUGGGGUCUCCCACUGGCUCCCUCCCUCUCGUCAUGCAUCUUGCUAAUGGACAGACCAUGCCUGUGCUGCCAGGGCCUCCGGUACAGAUGCCUUCUGUUAUAUCGCUGGCCAGACCUGUGUCUAUGGUGCCCAACAUUCCUGGUAUCCCUGGCCCACCAGUUAACAGCAGUGGUUCCAUUUCUCCCUCUGGACACCCUAUGCCAUCAGAAGCCAAGAUGAGACUAAAAGCCACCCUGACCCACCAGGUCUCCUCAAUCAACGGUGGGUGUGGAAUGGUGGUAGGUACUGCCAGCACCAUGGUGACAGCCCGCCCUGAGCAGAGCCAGAUCCUCAUCCAGCACCCGGAUGCCCCGUCCCCUGCCCAGCCACAGGUCUCACCAGCCCAGCCCACUCCCAGCACGGGAGGACGGCGGCGACGCACAGUGGACGAAGAUCCUGAUGAAAGGCGGCAGCGGUUCCUGGAGCGCAACCGGGCUGCAGCCUCCCGCUGCCGUCAAAAGCGGAAGCUCUGGGUGUCCUCCCUUGAGAAGAAGGCAGAGGAGCUCACUUCUCAGAACAUUCAGCUGAGUAACGAAGUCACGUUGCUACGGAAUGAGGUGGCUCAGUUGAAACAGCUACUGUUAGCUCACAAAGACUGCCCGGUUACUGCACUACAGAAAAAGACCCAAGGCUAUUUAGAAAGCCCCAAGGAAAGCUCAGAGCCAACGGGUUCUCCGGCCCCUGUGAUUCAACACAGCUCAGCAACAGCCCCUAGCAAUGGCCUCAGUGUUCGCUCUGCGGCUGAAGCUGUAGCCACCUCGGUCCUCACUCAGAUGGCCAGCCAAAGGACAGAACUGAGCAUGCCGAUACAGUCGCAUGUGAUCAUGACCCCACAGUCCCAGUCUGCGGGCAGAUGAUGCCUCCCCUGGUGGAGAGGUCCCCAGCCAGAGCUCGCCCGCCCGAGAGCCAAGAGAGAUGUCAUCUUAUCGCCUCCCAUCUGCCUUGGACAUGGCAAUAUGGGGGGAAGAUUGUGUGUUGUGAGUAACGGACAGAUGUGGGGCUUUUCAGCCACAUGGUCAUGUACAUUGACACCUGUACUAGGAACGUCCCAGCCCCAGAGCCACAUAGAUUAUCCCCUAAGGGGGCAGUUUCUGAUGUACCCACAGCCAAAGGCCUUUCCAGAUGGUCCGAACAACCACCCCUGCCCAUGCAUGUGUACCUGUCUCUCUCAACACUAACCCUUGCACUUCUAGGUUUUGGGUUUCUCGGUUCCCUCUCUUCCCACUAAGCCAUGGCUAUUACCUUCCUGAUCCUUAGCAGCACGCCACUUACUGCUAUGUAGAGGGAGGCCAGUGUUGAUGGCAGGUCACCCCCUAGCCCGCCCCAGCCACCCAGUGGGCUCAGGAUUUUGUCUCCCAUUAGCUGCUUAUUUUAUCCCUUUACCCCCUUCCUGAAGUCUAGUUCAAACAUUCACUUAUGGCGAAUGUAAAAUUACCCUUGAUGUAUGAAUUAGCAGUAUUUUCCAGCUCUUCCAUAAACUUUAGUCCUUCUCCCUACCUGCCACCAAAAAAAACCCAGAAACAAAACAAACAAAAAACAACAACAAAACAAAGCAGAAAGAAAAAAAACUGCAAGAAUUCUAGUCUUUUUUUAGCUAUUUCCAGAUCUAUUUGGGUACCUCGUUUUGUGUCUUGAGUUUUCUCAGUCUACUGCUGGGGCCUUUUCCACCUCCUGCUAAGCCUUGGCAAGAUCAUCUUGUGGCCUUAUUAGCUCUUCUUGUUAGUGAAAAGGGAAAGUGACCCCGGUGUGACUGGCUGAUCCCCCCACUUCCGCAGUCCACCCUCCUGCAGUGACCAUUAGGGCAAGCAGGAACAGGAGAGUUUGAAGCUCAUUCUAUCAGGUUACUGGAUUGAUUCUUAAUGUCUUACAAGUGUUUACUGGCCAAAGCAUAUAUAACUCCUUUUGGUCGUCCAUCUGCUCCUGUCUCUCCCUCUUUGUUCCCCUGCCUGGGUCACUGCCUCAGUCUCUCUCCAGGCACAGCCCUCUGGAGCUGUUGUGUAGGGCACUCUUGCACUCCCUGGCUCUUCUCCCAUCUCCCAGCCCCGCCCCGAGGUUGUCUUUUCCAGGCUAGGCUCUUCUAUUCACAAGUGUCCCUCACCCUGGAUCUCCCUUCUCCCGUUCACCAGGUUCCUAGGCUAGCUGCUAGGUCUCCCUGCUCCUGUAAUAUUUCUUCAGCUCUCCUCUGCCUUCUGACCCCUAGGUUCAUUGUGUCCCCGGGGUCCUGAGUGGGUUUUCUUGAGGGUAAGGUAGGAUGGGAAGAGGCAGGAGAGAGGAGGGGCAGUACUGAUCUCAGCAGAAGAGCCCUGCUCGGUGAAGGUCUGGUGUGCCUGGGAAGUCGGUGACUAUUGCUUUCAGCCAUUCUUACUGUAAGGAGUUAGGUUACAAGGGGAGAAAUUCAUCCCUCUUGUCCUUCUUUCUUCCCCGUUAAGACUUCUCAUCUUCCUUUGGCUCUGAACUAUGCAAUUUCUACCAGGGCCAUAGGAAGCAAUCCAAAGCCAGAGGCCUGUGGAUAGAUAGGUCAGCUUUAAUAGCCUGUCAGUAUGAAUCUCUUCCAGUUGUCCCAGAGCCACCUUUUGCCAUCUGGCCAAGUCAAGAAUGUCCUUUUCUCCCUCUCUCCUACCUCCAUCUUAAAUUUACAUACGGAAUAACUGCCAGCUUCCUUUCUUAGUCUGUCUUCCAAAAUUGGCUGUCAUCGGGAAAUGUGGAAACAUUCUAAGCUACCAGGUUCCCAUCUUCUCAGAGUGAUAACACUGGUGAGGCAGUCAGAGGACAUGUUCUGUUGUGUCUGUUUUUCAUUUUCCCUCCUGCUUUUCAGAGCCGGUGCUGAACAAGACACACCUGGUGAAGAGAAAGGAGAGAAAACAUGGUUUUCUCAUCCUCUACCACCCGGCACCCAACAGGAACAGCCCCUGAGGUGACUCAGUCUAGCAAAUGGCACGGCAGAUGGUCAGGACGCCAGCUACCACCUCCAGGGACUCCAUUUGCCUUUAACAGUUCACAGCCAUAACUUGUACUCAGGACUUUUCCUUUAGAUGGCUGCGCCCUGGGACUUUGUUCUGCUUUAGUUGUGUUUCAUUUUUUAUUUUCUUGAUUUCCUACCAGGAGCCUUGCCCUAAAGCUUGACUGAGUUUACGGCUCCCAAGGAGACUUCGUAAGACCCAUGACUAUUUUCCGUCCCCCUUUAGUCAAGUGUUUUUCAGGUGAAGAAUCCGUUUGUCACUGCACACAUGCCCUGCCUUACUGCUUGGCCUUAGAGGAAGUUUGAGUCCUAGCUGUCUGUCCCUGUGUAGGAAAGCUAAUUUAUUUAGAGGGUCUUAUUUAGUUUCUUAGUCCCCAUGUCUCAUUCUCUUGAGUCCUUAUUUCAUUUUCAUUGGUAGGAAGUUCCUGGGGACCUAAAUAAGGGGCUUUGCCAGAACCUUAGUAGUAAAGCCGUAGGAAGGGAAGGGGCAGGACAGAACCUCCCAGAUAGCUCUUUAGUUGGUCGGUGGCCUCACUAAGAAGACAGAGCAGUUGCUUAUCCUGAGACUCUGUCAUAGUUAAGGGGAAUGUCACUUAUCUUGUCAUUGCUGCCAGCCUUGUGGCCACUCUCCCUGCCCUUUGCUUUCCUGACUCAUCUGGACCAGAACCAAACAUCAUGGAGGAUGUCACUUAGCCCUUCCUAAUGACCAUGGCCUUUCUAGGGGCCUACGGAAAGACACUUUCUGAAAGGAGCUGGGAGUAUGGAUGCCUUGGGACUCUUCUGAGUGAACACAAGACUCAGGCCUCCCACCUCACCCCAGAGACACAGCUGGUAGAUAACCAAGGCCAUAGAGAAAUGUACUAGACCAGGUAUUCUGCUCUGCAGACUUUUGCCCUUUUCCUUUCAGCUUGCUCAGAGUUGAAAAGUCUGGGAAAGCUUCCCUCACAGCUAGAGAGAGCUAGAAAAAUAGGCCCUCCCUUACUUACUCUUUCCCUGUUGGUUGUACACCCCAAAUCUGGCUUCUUUCAGCCUCCACGCCUCUCCUUGGCCCUAAGCACUAGACCAUAUACUCCUGGUAGUGGUAAACAAGGAGAUGUCCUCACUGAACCUCAUUCACCUUGCUGCCUUCCCUGUGCCUGUUCUGUUAUACUUGGCUCCUCUCCUGAUUCACUGCCCUCUGGCACCACCCAUCCUGGUUGACGGGGUACUUAGCCAUAACCAUGCCCUGUCUGUAGCCUGAACCACCAAGCAGAUACCAAAAUAUUCCUCCUGUGGUUUCUGAGGCUCCCCUGCUCCACACUGAGAGGCUCCUUUAAAGGUGCUAGCCCUGAGACCUUUUCCCCAAAACCUCCCCCUUUCUCUCAUGACUUCCUUCCCAUCCCCAAAUCAUUAUUUUUCAUUAAUAUUGUACAUUGUAUACACAGGAAGGAAAUGUAUUCCUUUUUUUUUUCUUUAAUCUCAUAACCAGUCCAUUUAGAAUCCAGUCCUCCUAGUUAUAUCACGUAUGCCUUUGUUGAUAUGCUCUUUCUGCUUUCUUUAGACUUUUGUUUGACAGGGGCAGAGGGAGGAACAGGACAGGUGAGGAUCCUAAGGCAGAUUAGAGGAGCCCCCAUCCUACUUCAGCCUCCCACAACCCUAAUCAUCCCACUCAUAGUAUGGAACUGAUUUCUGUCUGUUCGUGUUUGCACACAUGCAUGUACACAGAGACAUAAAUCCCCACCCAAGCCCCCUGAGUGGUAACCCAGCAGGAAUGAGCAUCAGCUGCUGGCCACCAUUCCCACCCUCUGUUAGCAGGUCAUUCGUUGCUCUUUGGGGCAAAAUGCUAUCCAGAUUGAGAAGAGGCUGGGGAGAGUAGGGCAGGUGAAGGCAGCUAUGUCCUCUGUAAAUGCAGGUUUGUGCUGUAGCUGCUAGGGUUGAUUUUAUUUUCUUAAUGGCGGGCUGGUAUCUCACCACCACUAGCUACUGGUGAGUGCAGUUUUAGCUGUAAGAAAUGGCUAUGAGCACUAGUUUUAUUGACUUUCCCUUGUGUGGUGGUUCUCAGGAUGUAAUCCAGGACCAGGAGCAUCACCAGCACCAGCAUCUGGGAGCUUGUUAGACACCACAUUUGGGCCCCACCACAGACCUAUUGAAUUGGGAACUUGGGCUGGACGCUAACAAGCACUCCCCGUGAUUCUAGUGCAUGCUAACAUGUAAGAACCAUUGCCUUAGAGGCAAGCUGGGACAUCCUUGUAGGGUGUCAGGAUAUUUUAAGUACCAUCCUCUGCCUUAGCACUAACACAUUUUUCCAUUUCCUCCCGUCCCUCUCUCCACCCCCAUUAGAACAACAACCACGUCAUUCAUCUCAAAAUCUAGGUUUGUCUUCCUUCUACUUCCUCCUCAAACCUGUCCUGCCUUGGUCUGGACAAGAAUUGUCCCAUAUUCCCUUACAGACUGGUUACUCCACAUUCUUUGUUACAGGAAGGUCCAGCUGGAGCUCUAGCUGUCCUGUACGCACACACGCACACACGCACACACACACACACACGCACAUCUACACACCCCUUUCCGGCAGGGAGAUGAGCCUCCAGCCCCAACAGUGGAGGCUGCCGCCUCCGGACAUAGUAUCUGUUGAAAGCAAGCCAUGUGUAUCUAUGGUUAUAGCUCUCUUCAUCUGUAUAUCUUCGACAUGUAGCAGCACCUCUCCAUCUCACCAAGAGCUCAACUCUGGGUCUGGAUGUCCCCCAGCCCCCAGUGGUGUACUUUGACAUGUGGGAGGAUGUAGUGCUACAGGCUGUUUUGUUACAAAACUGUCUUGUCCCCUUUCCCUGCCACCCAACUCAGCAUGAUCCCUGUGAGCGGGCUCUCACAAUCUCCUGGGACAGGCUGAGGCAGAGGCUUCACUCUAUUCUCCCUCCCCCUCCCCUCUCCUAUCCCCCUUCCCACCCAGCAGUUAUCCCCCCCGCCCCCCGCCAUGCCUUCUCCUGCUCCCCCUCGCCCUGACAUAUAUUGUGCCUUAUUUAUGCUGCAAAUAUAACAUUAAACUAUCGAGAGAACCACUGUUCUGUCUAAUGCUUCAGUACUCUUAUCUUCGAGUCCCGUUGGCCACUCUUGCUGGGAAUUCAUCGGGCUUUCAUGUUUUUGCUCUUCCUCACUCUCCUAUAUCUGUGGACAGAAGGAGCAGGGAUUCUUAUCCCUCUUUUUUAUGCAGGGAAGACACAGCCUAAAGAAGGUAGGUGGUUCAUAUAAAUUAUAGAACACGAAAGAAGGUACUGAGACUAGGGGUCAGAUCUGUGCACUACCCUGGGGACAGGGUCCUUGGCAUCAUGGGAGCCUCAUGGCUAAACUCAUGGGCUUUAUGUGGAUAGGGGAUGGUAGGGUGUGUGAAGGCAAGUGUCCUCUUCCCUUUCAGUGUUUUGUCCCCUUCUUCCCAACAAUAAAAACAAAAACAAACCCUACUCUCAGGAAGUUUUGACAUGACUGGGGGAGUGCACACAUAGAAAAGGAAGCUUUCCACAGAUUCUAUCAGUUCUGUGGAUGUGGUGAAGAGCUCGUUUUGGAAAUGAGGGGUGGAGCUUGUUUGGAAAGGGGUAAAAGUCACAAGGAGAACAAGUAAUGGUCAGGAACUAUGGUGAGGGAUAGGGCAAUCUGUGUAUCUCUAGAUAAUUAGCACAGGUGAGAAGAGUGAGCCAGGCUGAAAAACUUGACCAGGAGGUAGCAGGUGCCUCUGAGGAUCUCCCAGAAGAGGAGUGAUACGGGAGCUGUUUGUGGUUGGUGUUUGGAAUAAUCGACACAAGCAGGGAGACUGUGUCUCCGGAGGAGAGUGGGAAGGUAGUGGUGAUCUUCCCUGUGUUGUGGUCAGGAGCACAUGGGGUUACAGAGAAAGGUAAGAAAGUAAGUUGCUGAGAGCCAAAUACCAAAGCCAAGAUUGAGACGUUUUGAAAGGAGACCGAAGGUAGGGCAGUUUCCCAAGUUCUAGAAGAAUUAAGCCAUUGCCCCUACAGGCCUUUUUGUUUUCUUGCACUUCACUUUAUCACACUUUAAAGACUCUGCAUGUUUGUGUGUGUGGUUGGUUGGUUUUGGGGUUUUGUUCUUUGUUUUUACAAAUUGAAGGUACAAGACUUUAGUGGAGGAAGUAACUAUAGUUGUGGAAAUAGCAAGAGAACUAGACUUAGAAGUAGAGCCUGAAGGUGGGACUGACCGAAUUGCCGCAGUCUCAUGAUAAAAGUUGAAUAAUUGAGUUGCUUUUUGUGGAUGAGCAAAGAAAGUGGUUUCUUGAGAUGGAAUGUGAAGACUGUAGGAAUGACAAAGGACUUAGAAUAUUACAGGGAUGCCUGGCUGGCUCAGUCAGGAGAGCACACGACUCUUGAUCUCAUAGCUGUGAGUUCCAGCCUCACACCGGGCAUAGAGAUGACUUAAAAUCUUUUUAAAAAAAAAUUUUUUUUAAUUAGAAUAUUACAGGAACUUACUUGAUAAAGCAGCAGCUGAGUGUGAGAGGUUUGGCUCAGUUUUGAAAAUUCUAUGGGUAAAAACUGUCAAACAGUAUCACACACUACAGAGAAAUCGUUUGUGAAAGGAAGAGCCAAUCGAUGUAGCAAACUUCAUUGUCAAUUUAAAGAAAUUGCCACAGCCACCCCACCCUUCAGCAACCACCAAUCUAGCAGUGAGCAACAUCAAGACCAGACCCUCCACCAGCGAAAGACUGACUUACAGGGCGCCUGGCUGGCUCAGUCGGUAGAGUAUGGGACUCUCGAUCUCAGGGUCUUGACUCUUGAACUCAGCCUGAGUUCAAACUCCACGUUGGGUGUGGAGCUUACUUGAAAAAAAUUUUUUAAAUAACAAUCAUAUUUAAGCAAUAUUUUAUUUUAAGAUUUGAUUAGAGUGCAAGUGAGAGAGAGCACAGGUGGCGUGGGGGGAGGGUUAGAGAAGAAGAAGCAGAGUCCCCACUGAGCAGGGAGCCGGAUGUGGGUGGGACUCCAUUGCAGGACACCCAAAUCAUGACCUGAGCCAAAGGCAGAUGCUUAAUUAACCAAGGCUUAGCCACACAGGCACCCCUAAGCAAAUUUUUAAAUUAAGGCAUACACAUUGUUUUGUUUUUCAGAUAUAAUGCUAUUGCACACUUAAUAGGCUGCAGUGUAGUGUAAACAUAACUUUUAUAUGCACUGGGAAACAAAAUUCAUUUGACUCCCAGUGCGUUACUUUAUUGUGGUGGUCUGGAAGUGAACCAGCAGUAUCUCCAAGGUGUGCCUAUGCCUGCCAAGGGAGAGAGCAGUCCCCUCCCUCCUGGACAUAGGAAGUUAGCUAGACCGGACCCUGGCUGAAUUGAGCCUCAGCUCAGGUCCACUUGUAAUUGAUGAUCAGGGAUACUAGGAGAGUCAGGGUUGUGAAUAUUUAUUAGCUGCUCUAUGCUAGAUGGAACACAAGACACUUUGUAUUCAGUAAGUCAUUCACUUUUCGCAACAACCUCUUAACAGGAGUAGUUGCCUCAUUUAAGAUGAACUAAGGUUUCAGUUAAGACAUUUGCCAAGGCGCACAGUAAAGUGCAGGAGCUGGGGUGAAAACCACUCCGAGCCCAGAGCCACUCUGUGCAGUCCCGAGGCCCACACCCCCUCACAGCCCUGCUUCUCUGGACUGCUGUCAGGGAAGAACAGAGAAGGACCUUGAUGUGGCAUAGGAUCCAUUUCCCACAGAAAAACCCAUGGACUGGAUCGUCCCUUUUAAGAAGCAGUGAAAUUCCAGGAUGUAGUGAUGAGGACCGCCAGGUUCUGUGCUUGGGACCAGCUGGGAAACAAAGCAUACAGAAGGGUUCACCCUAGCUUAGGCUGAAUUAGUAUCUAAAACAUGCAGAUGAACCUGCUCUAUUCUACCUCCCCAAAAUUAUGAAUUGGUUUCUAGAUGCCUUGCUUUUAAAGGGAGCAGGGGGGAUCCCCUUAAGACUGCAGAGUGGAAGAGGGAUAUCUGUCUUCAGAUACAUGGAAGGCUUACACACGUGAAAGAUGUGCAGUGUUCUAUAACUUCAUGGGAGCCAGCUUGGUUCUCAGGUAAGCCUGCUUGAUCACUGUCUCAGGAGACAAGUUCACUGGGACUCGUGUAUGCAGGGGCAGCACUGCUAACGCUUUUGAGGACACUUGCUCUGUGCCAGAUCCUGUGCUGGGUGGAUUACAGGAAUUAUCUCAAAUAAUGCUCACCCUAGAAAGUAGUUCCUUUCAAUGUUGCCAUGUUUUAGGUGAAGAAACUGCAGUUUAGAGAGCUUGCUUGCCCAAGACUGAUGCACAGGCUCUUGGCACCAUGGCCGCUCUGCAGCAUAGAUAGGCUGGAGAACCACACUGGGGUCGGGAGGCCAGGCAGUGAUGCUCAGGAAGGGAUUCUAAGGUCAGAAGGAAAAGUGAACCAGAUGACUUUAAAGGACUCCUGAGGAAAAACGAUUUUUGCCUAAAAAGGCAGGAUUCUUGUCGCCUGCCCUCACAGGUCGGAGCCAGGCAGAGGCUGGGGUGACUAGAAGGAGGUGAACAAAACCAGAUACCAACCCUAGUAUCCUGCCCCUGCCUUUCAGGGACCCCUUAGAGUCAGGGCGGUAGGAACCUCCAUCUACGUAGCCUCACCCUCAAAGAGCAGAGACAGGAAAUGGCCGGCCCUGACAGUGUCAAGCUGUGGCCACAGGGUGGCAGCAGAGUGCUUCAGCUGUAAAGGAUGGCGGCAGAUGCCCAGGUGAGGCAGAGCCUGAGUGGGGCUCCCCCGUGAGCAUGGGGCUUGUGUCCAUGAUAGGGAGCAAUCCCCACUUUCCGUGGGCUCUGAAACCUUUUAGUCUCCUUCUGUAUCCCACUUUCCUAUCCACAGGCAAAUGUCAGAGGAGUGCCUCCAUUUUUAUCCCCCCAAAGGGCAUAUAGGCAAGGGGAUGAAGGGGCUGGAUGACCCCGUGGCAGCCAUAGUCACAAGAGGGACCAGGCUGGGUCAUCCUGGCUCACUCUAACCCUGGCUCUUCCCUCCUUUCCUCUGUUCCAAGACAUGGUGCCUAGACCUUCUUGACAAGACUUCCUCUAUGCUUUUACUCUCAAGUUAGGAAAGCGAGGAGGUGAUCAAUUGGAACUCUCGAAACUGUUGAGGAAUUGGGGGUUCUUGAAGGCCCCCUAGGGGCUGGCUCUGACAAAGCAUCUGCAAUUAAUGAUGCUUCUUGAGCUUUGGAGACAGAAUUUAUGCAUCUAAUAAAGUCUGUAACUCCAGCCUUAGGGGCUGAGGGCCGGAGGCUGGGAGCAGGAAGUCCCAGAGGUGCCGUGGGAGGGGCUCCCAGGCGGCUCCUCAUUGAGCGAUGCAUUUCCCUCGCCCACUCUAGACUGCCCCUCAGGCUGCCGUGGGGUGGGGGGCCCGGGCCACCGCAGGUAUAAGAAGCGGGUAUGGCUCCAGGAAGGCAGAUGGCAGCAUGGAGCCCAGGCGGGCCGCAGUGCUGCUGAUGGUGCUGCUACUAACAGACGGAGGCUGUGCUGGAGGACCAGGCGAUGGAGGUGAAGACCAGAUCUUCAUGGUAAGUUACUGCCCCAGCCCCAUGUCACGAUUUUUCUUUGUUUUUAUUUUUUAAAAGAUUUUAUUUGGCGAGAAGGCGAGUGAGAAGAGGGGCAGAGGGCAGGGAGAGAAUCUCCAGCAGGCUCCACACGAUGCAGAGCCCGGUGGGGGGCUUGAUCCCACAACCCUGAGAUCACGACCUGAGCCAAAAUCAAGAGUGGGCCACUUAACGGAUUGUAUCACCUAGGCACCUCCCCCUGCUCCCCCAGUGUCACCAUUUUUCUAUCUCCACUUGAGACUUGUGCUCUCAGUUCAAAUACUCCAGCUGCCAGGGUCUUCAGUGGGUCCUCAGCCUCCUACAAUGUGCCUCUGAGUCACUCCUUUCCCCCGUGACCUAAAAUGUCCACGGCCUUUGCCCAUCUUCCCUCCCCAAUGCCCCUGUACCACAGGAGGAAGACAGCGGAGCCUACCCACUGCAGGAGGUCCAGACCCCUGGGUCACUCUUGCGCUCCCUGCUCCAGGCCAUGCAGAGACCUGGCCGGAGCCCAGCCUUUCUGUUCCAGCCCCAGAGGUGAGUCUGAGAGAGACAAGGUCCAGGCCUGAGCCAAACAGGAGGGUGGGGGCUGGAGGAGGAAGGGCUGAAAGGACCUACAGUUGAAGAUGGAUCUCUCCCAAGGUUCGGCAGAAACGCCCGGGGCUCCUGGAGCAGCAAACAGCUGAGUCCCCGAGCCGGGGAGGGGCUCAGCUCCCCCUUCUGGAGUCUGGCUGCCCCUCAGCGCUUUGGGAAGAAGUGACCUGUCAUCCCUUGAUAUGUAUGCAUGCGAAGCUCCCAACUACAAGGGCCAGGCCUCCCCCUCCUCCCCUAAUAAAGCUGUGGCUUCUGAA